AUGGCGGAAUUUGAUUCAAUUGAUAAUGUGAAGCGAGUGAAUGCUCGCUGCUUGGACUUCUUGUUGAUGGAAAUGAUCUCUACCUCGAUCAGACUGACCAACCAUAAGGAAAAUCAGGAAACUAAGAAUACUGAUGAAAUGAACACAAGCAAUAAAGGCAACGAAAAUGACAAUAUUGACGAACUAGAUGACGUACCAGGAAGUGUGACUAUUUUAGACCACCCUUCCAUCAACUCAGAUGACGUUACCCUUAGGAACGAAAACUACGGAUUCCAAGUUGGAAUACGACUUUGCGAGCUUUUGAUGUACAAGAAUUUACAAUCCUCUAAAAUCACAAAUAUUUUAGAUAUCAUGAAAUUUGUGUGUAGAGAUGUGUGGAGGUGUCUCUAUGGGAAGCAAAUGGAUAACUUAAGAACAAAUCACAGAGGAAUAUUCGUCUUGGUGGACAACAAUUGUAGGUUAAUCUCUUCUAUGAAUAGUAGUAAAGGAUUACCAGAUACCAUUAGUAGGGCCAGAUCAUUUUUAUGGUUUCCAUGUGGAGUUAUACGGGGGAUCCUCUUGAGUUUCGGGAUCGAAAGUUUAGUCAAUGCGGAAAUCAACAACUACCCGAGUGUUAUAUUUAGUAUUCAAACGUCGAUCAACAACUAA